AUGCCACGGCUCACGCUUGUCGGCCGAGAAAACGUGGGGAAAAGCAGCCUCUACAACUGCCUUGUGACAUCAGGUGCUCCGACGUCGAAGUGCAUAGCAGGAAAUCAGCUCGCGCUUGUUGGCCCAGACCCCGGGACUACUCGAGAUCGCAGAGAAUAUUUGUGGUCUUGCGGUUCGCUUACUUUCCUUCUCACGGAUACACCCAGCAUUUUGGCAGAUGUUUGUGGUGCAACAGACACGCCGAAGCGGCAGAUAAACCACCAGGUUGCUGCAGCACUUGAGGCGUCUGACGUGGCUUUGUUCAUUGUUGAUGCAAAGGAAGGCGUCACUUCUGAUGACGAGUUCAUUGCGAAACACCUGAGGAUGCUUACGAAGAAUCAGCGGGCGGCUAACGGCCGAACUUUGAACCUGGGCCUACAUCGCCAGGAAGAAGAUUCGGCGAGUACCAUCGAACAUUCACCAGUAAUCCUCGUACUUAACAAGGCGGAAGGAUCGAGGGCAGCUAACUGCAUAGGUGACGCUUAUGAGCUGCACUUGGGGCACCCCGUGGCAGUAUCAACGAAAACAAACCAGAAUGUGAAGGAAGCUGCCGCAACCGAAGCCUGGCUCGAGGGGUUAUCCCGACGAUAUGGCCGGGGUGCGCAACCGGUAUUGGCGCACAAGCAGUCUCUUGGUGGCUACCUGCAUUUACCGUGGUCUUUGAAAAAAUCUUCACCAGAUGAUGCAGAAUUCGAGGCUCCUGAGCAGUGCGAACAGGACAACUGCCUUGAUCAUGACACAGUUAUGUUAACUAUUCCUGAAAGGUCGCCUUUUUAUGCACACAGGAAUAGCCGCACGAAAUUCAGGGCGCGCUACCCUGAAGCGCUGAAUCGAGGAUUUCCAGUUGUUGUCCUUGGUCAUGUGCAGCAAGGACACAUGGUAGAAGCGAGUAACGACGAGUGUAGCAAGGAACCCUGGUCCCGCGAAACUGAAGAACCGGAAGCUCCCAACAUAUUGCCUGCCUCGUCUGUCCGGCCAUCGGCAAACCUCGAUGUGGAAACCGAGAAGAGUGAAGAACCAAUUCGACUGACGUUCAUAGGUCGGCCAAAUGCGGGCAAGUCAAGCCUUAUUAAUUCCAUCCUAAAGGAGGACCGUUUGAUGACAAGCGCAAAACCUGGCACCACGACGGACUCAGUAUGCAUCAAUUUUUGUUUCAAAAAGCAGCAGAUGACUUUGAUCGAUACGGCGGGAGUCAGUAGGGGAUGGAAGAUGAGAGGAGAUGACAUGCUUCAACAAGCAUCAUUACAGACUAUGCGGAAUAUCCGUGCAGCCGAUGUGUGCAUCCUGUGCCUCGAUGCUGCUCAUAUAGAAGAAACAGGGCAUAUUGGUUCGCAUGACCUGUCUCUAGCGAACUUGGCAAGUGAUAAAGAGGGGAGGAGCUUGGUGGUCUGCGUAACAAAGUGGGACCUAGUGGACAUGAACAGACGAAGCCAAAUGCGAACAUUGGUGCUGGAGCGACUUCAGACUGGUCUUGGGCAUUUAAAGUCGUGCCCGGUGGUGUUCACGUCUGCUGCACAUGCAGAGAACUUGAAUACAUUGCUGAACAAGGCAUGUGCUGUCUACAAACGGUGGUGCGGCCGCGUCCCCACAGGGACCAUAAAUGCCUGGCUUCAGCAGUACAUGUCCCGGUGGCCUCCUCCGUGGAGAUUGGGGUCUCAGUGUCAGGUGAAGUACAUUACUCAGGCGCAGACGAAACCGCCAACGUUUGUGGCGUGGUCAAACGUUUACGCUCACUUCCCAACGCAUUACAAAAGACAGCUCGUCAAUGCAAUAAGGGAAGAAUUCGACAUGAAAGGAAUCCCCGUACGCCUCGUGCUUCGCACCACAGCUAUGCCGAAGCCAGGAGCAAGGCUUACAAAGGCGGAGGCGCUGAAGUGGAAAAGAUUGGGACCCCACCAACGCUACGAGGACCGCAGGGGCCAUUCACAAAGCUUCCCCAAGACGCCAACGCCCCCGCCCACCCGCAACCCCCACCACAGCAUGGAGCGGGAAAAAUCCGUAGGCAUCUUCACACGAGGCCUCGCAAACCACUGA